AUGAAGACCAACUAUCUCCUAAACAAUGUUUUUGCUCUCGCCGCCAUCGACCUAGCAAAGCAGGUAUCGGACCCCAACAAUAAAUCUCUAAUACUAACCAAGGAUGGAUACCGAUACCAAUCCGCAGCACUUGAGUAUUCAAACAAAGCCAAUGCUGCUUUCCGCCAGGCCCUUGAUGAAGUAGAUGCCAAUAUCACUCCAAAGAAACUGUCUGCUCUCUUGUUUUUCGCCUCCUUUACCUUCGUGCUCAAUCUCACGUUCCCCAACCCAAAGUACCAGAUCUGCAUUCUCGAAACCCUGGGCACGUCCAUGGCGUUAUACGUGGGCUCCUUCGUUGUCAACCGCCCAAACCUCGACUGGCUUAACCGGUCCUCUUGUUCUCUCGCUGGUGCUGUGAAACGCCUUCCCUCACUUCCGCCGGAGCUAAUGCAUAAACUCGACAUCGACACCCAGCUGGCCAUUGCGCGCUUGGAGUUUCUCAUCAAGCGAAUGCGCGUGCCAGUAAGGCUACCAGAAGAUAUGAUAGAGGUGAGUAUCGAUGGCGAUGGUGAUGGUGAUAGUGGUGAUAAUAUCCGCCAGAUAAACAGCACGGACUGCUAUGACAACUACAGCAGCAGUAACAGCAAUGUGCGAGUCGCAUGCGAAAUACCUGCCUACAAACGUGCCGUUGACCAGAUAAAAUAUACAUUCAUGGACGACGCGACCAAUGGGAAGUUCAAGGGAAUGUUCUAUACUAUCCUCGCUGUCGGUGGCCGGGAGCUGGCUGCGGCUUUCCAGGGCCGCGAGCCUCUGGCGCUAUACGUCGCCGCUUGUGCGGUUUGA